AUGUCGGUACGACCUGUGCGACUGCUGCGAUUUGGUGGGCUCGCAAGCAGCCUGAUACGUCCACCAGUGUUGUCGCGUUUCGUGCAUUGGAAUGCGAAAAGUUGUAUCCGUCCAUCACCACUUUCGCAGGGACAGCAGAGCGUUUGCGGACCUAAAAGGCCUGUCAGCGCCUUGACCCUGGCCGUUUGCCGAUUUUCGGCAUCGUCCAAAAGUCGUGAUGCCAAAAAAGCUUCUCAGGAUUCUCCAAAGUCUCAGACUGCAGAAACAGAUGAGGAGAGCUCCAAGAUGGAUUUUCAAGAGGUAUGGAGACUAUUCAAGCUUGCCCGUCAUGACUGGAAACUUUUGUGUCUCGCCAUCGGACUUUUAACGAUAAGUUCUUCCGUAGGCAUGGCUAUACCUAAGGUCAUUGGUAUGGUAUUAGAUUCCAUCAAAAACGCAUACGGUGCAGGUACUGGUCCUAUAGACUUGAAAGAUCUCCCUCCAAUCGUUGGAGGUCUAGGAAUGUACGACUUUCUCGGAGUUUUCGCCGGAGCUUUGGUCCUUGGAACCGUAGCUAAUUUCGGCAGAAUCGUACUGCUAAGGGUACUUGGUGAGAAACUAGUCGCCAGGCUGCGUUCUAAAGUGAUAAAAAAGAUCAUCCACCAGGACGCUGAGUUUUUCGACAGGAACAAAGUCGGGGACCUAAUUUCAAGACUGAGCUCCGACGCUUACGUCGUUUCGCGUUCUAUGACUCAAAAUGUUUCUGAUGGGUUCAAAGCCAUUAUAUGUGGUGGUGUUGGUAUCGGUAUGAUGGUAAGUAUAUCAACAUCAUUGACCUCGGCGUUACUGCUCUUUGCGCCUCCAUUACUCAUUGGAGCAACCAUUUAUGGUAAGAAAAUUAGAGCCAUCUCCAGAGAGCUUCAGCAAUCCACAGGUGAUUUGACUAAAGUAUCAGAAGAACAGCUCAACGGAGUCAAAACCAUUCAGUCGUUUGUAGCUGAGGGAAAGGAGCUAGGACGUUACAAUAGUGCGAUCAGGAAAGUGUUCGCUUUCGGUAAGAAAGAGGCCUUGACAAACGCCACGUUUUUUAGCUCUACGGGCGUAUUGGGAGAUUUGAGCUUCCUCAUCGUUUUAGGGUACGGUUCGCAUCUUGUACUUCAAGGGGCGCUUUCCGUCGGAGAUUUGACCGCUUUCAUGCUCUACACAGAAUACACAGGGUCUGCAGUAUUUGGUCUUUCCAAUUUUUACUCAGAACUCAUGAAAGGUGCAGGUGCGGCUUCCAGGCUAUUUGAGAUGACAGACCAUGCAUCAAAGAUUAAACCAAGCUCAGGGAAAGCUUUUGUUCCACAUUCAGGCCAGAUUGAGUUCAAGGAUGUCUCCUUCUCCUAUCCCACGAGACCAAACAACCAGCUUUUCAAAAAUCUCAAUUUCACCAUUGAGUCUGGGUCAAAUGUGUGCAUUGUAGGCCCUUCUGGACGAGGGAAAUCCACGAUUGCUUCUUUGCUGCUGCGUUAUUACGAUCCCACUAGCGGCCGGAUAACCAUCGAUGGUCAGGAUAUUUCCAAGGUAAGCUGUAAGUCUCUGAGACGCCACCUAGGCGUUGUACAGCAAGAACCGAUGUUGAUGGCGGGUAGCAUCAAGUACAAUCUCACGUAUGGUGUUAAGAGUGAAGUUUCGAUGGAGGAGAUCCGUGCAGCGGCCAAGAAAUGCUUUUGUCACGGAUUUAUAACGAAAUUUCCCGAGGGUUAUGAUACCGUGAUUGGACCUAGAGGAGCGUCAUUGAGUGGAGGUCAAAAGCAACGUAUAUCUAUUGCGCGUGCUUUGAUCAAGAAGCCCAAGAUUCUGAUCUUGGACGAAGCGACGUCUGCCCUCGAUGUAGAAAGUGAAGGGGCCAUCAACUAUACGCUGGGCAGGUUGAUGAAAAGCCGCGAACUGACCAUCAUAAGUAUUGCACAUCGACUCAGUACUAUUAGAAGAUCCGAGAAUGUUAUUGUUCUCGGUCACGAUGGAUCGGUCGUCGAGAUGGGUAAGUUCAAGGAUUUGUACGCUAACGAGAAGAGCGAACUUUUCCAAUUGCUCAAUGACAAGAAGAGAAACAAAAACAAUGUUGGUCCUACGAAGGGACAGCGAGAACCAAGUGAAGCCAAGGAAACUGAUGAAAAGCAAAACAUCGAUUCAGAAGUGCUUGAGCACGUAGUCAACGAUAUCAGUUUGGAUCAAAAGUCAUCCAAGCUAACGCCAUGA